AUGGACGGAGAGUUCGAUGAAGAGGAGGGGUCAGACAGGGAGCAGGACUCCUUUACCUACGACGUGGUUGCAGCUCGAUCAUUGCGUAAAGGGGAGGAGGCUACAUGCGAUUAUUUUCUAGCAGAAUGGGAGGGCGAGAAGGUUGGAAACUGUCCGCAGCCGUGUCUCUGCAGUGCAGGAGAGGGUGUCUGCGGGGGUCUCCGGAUGGGUUUUAAGCACCUUCCCUUUUCAGAGCAGAUUCUUCGUCUCCAUGCCGUUGCAGACCAUGUCUUUGAAGCUUUCGAAGAGGAGAAAAGCUCAUAUUUAUGUGUGCUGGACGCUAGAGAUGGUCUUCCUCCUGGCAUUUGCCUUUCCUUCAAGAGAGAGGAGGAGGAGGAGGAGGAGAAGGGGAAGGAGGAGGAAGAGGAGAAAAAGAGAAAGGGAGGGAAGAAAAAGCUGCCCAAAGAGACCCUCUACGUGAAGGGAGCUCAGGGGCCAAGAAUCAUCGCGACGCGCGCCUUUUCUGCGGGCGAGACGCUAUAUCGUGCCUCCUCCUCCUUCUUUUCCUUCCCUCCCCCCCGAAUCUCCCCUCCCUUCCUUCCUUCCUCCUCCCCUCCCUCGGCAGUUUUUGACCCUAGGCAGCCUUCGUCGUUGGCAGCCGUAGAACCACAGAUCGCACCAAGAAGAUCCACAAGCCCAUCUCCCCAUUCCCACCCGCCGCCACCUGCCCUUCUGCUCGUGCUGGACGACUGCACCAUUCCCUUGAGCCCCUACGAGCUGUACUCAACGUCCACGCCCGCCCCUCCUUCUUUCCCUCCCUCCCUGGUGGCUUCUCUUGGGGAGGAAAGGAGCAGGAGGGAAGUGUACGGAUGGGACUGCUUGAUGCGUCACCACUGUCGGCCGUCCACGCUCUGGAUAUGGGAGACCGGGGACGGCGGCCAAGGGGAGGGAGAGGGGGGAAGGGAGGGAAAAGGGGGUUCAAAAAGCGGCAGUGGUCAGGUCCUACACGACAAUGCCACGCGCUGCCUCCGUCUUGAGCACCGGACUGGAAGAGGACGGAGGGGAAAGAUACACAGCGGGGUAAAUAUUCGACGGGGCUAUCGCGUGGUGGCUACCAAGGAGAUAGGAGCGGGGGAGGAGUUGACGGUGGAUUAUCAGGACAGCCCUGCCGCGGGAUGGGAGCCACACAGAGCUACCAUCCUUCUGCAGGGGCCGUGGGCUUUCGCUGUGAAUGCUCUGGGUGUGCUCGACCGGGAAAGGCUAUUUAUCGUUGAGAAGCAGGCGGUGGACGGGAGGAAGAGCGACUGUAGGAGGUACCAAUAG